AUGCCGACAGAAGAGAAGUCUUCAUCGGGGCCUCCUCCUAGUGAGGCCCCCCAAAGUGCAACAGCAACAGCAGCAACAGCAGCAGCAGCAGCAGCAACAGCAACAGCAGCAGCAGCAGCAGCAGCAGAAAAACCGCAGCAGCAGCAGCAGCAGCAGCAGCAGCAGCAGGGAAAAGGCCGCAAAGUUCGGUUCCAAAAGAAUGACCCAAAUACAUUUACAUUUAAGUUGCUGCCUGCAUCGCAGCAGGAGCUGCGGCAGCAUGCAGCAGCAGCAGCAGCAGCAGCAGCAAGCCGCAAACCACGCCUCCAGCUGCAACGAGUUAUACCACCUAAUGCAAGAAAUAAGGGUUUUAGGCUGCAGCCCCAACAACCUCUUCCUGAAUAUUUACAAAAACAAUUAGAAAGAUUACAUCUACAAGAUGACGAGGAAGAAGAAACACAUACAAGUGGCGAUUGUUAUUUCCCUCAAGAUGGUUAUGAUUACUCACAGCAUUUAGUUAGUUUAGGGGGUGGUGCCUUCUUAUCUCAUGAUGGAGGGAAGGAGACAAUUCUUAAGGAAGAAAAAGAAGCAGAAGAAAGCAUGAAAAGAGACAAAGAAGGUAAACAUAGCAGCAGCAGCAGCAGCAGCAACAGCAGCAGCAACAGCAGCAGCAGCAGCAGCAGCAGCAGGAUAUAUAUAUCUCCUUUAAUGUGUCUCCUUUUUGCUGCUGCAGCAAGCCAAGUUCUUGCUGCAAUGGAUGCAUGCGAAGGUUAUGAAGAAAUUGCUGAUGACUUUGUUGCUACAGCAUUAACAGAUGCUGAUGGCAAACAAUGGGCUCCUGAUGAGAAAGAACUUCUUUGGGGUUUACGACCCCCUCUGUUACCCCAAGCAAUUAGCGACUCCCUCUUUGCUGACGAGGAGGAGGAGGGGGAGGAGGAGGAAGAGGAGGAGGAAGAGGAAGAGGAAGAGGAAGAGGAGACACUAUAUAGUAGUGAUGAGGAGGAGACACUUAGUGAUGAGGAGCAGACACUUAAUAAAGGAAAAAAACAAAAUAUAAAUGUUGAUGAUAGUACACAAGCGAAACGGCUUGAGCAGCUAUUGGAGGAAUAUACAGAAGAAUGCAUAGGAGAGCUUGACCCUGACGAGCCAGAGGAGAGUGAUUCCUUCUCUGCUUAUGAGGAGUGUUUUGAUGACUUCUUGAGGUCUCAAGAGCGGGCACAAAUCGUCGAGGGUGAUAGAGAAGGUGUCUCCUAUCGGCGGCGAAGAGGGAGCUGCAGCAGCGACAGCAGCAGCGGCAGCAGCACGAGCAGCAGCAGCAGCAGCAGCAGCAGCAGAAGAUUGAGGAAGAAGGAGGUUGUAUUAAAUAUUUGUGAGAUUGAUGAUAAUUUAAGGGAGAAAACCCUCGCGUUAGCUAAACUACAAGAAGAAGAAGAAGAGGAAGAAAAUAAUAAUUUUGUGCAUGCAAGCCCUUCUCUUCCUGCACGUGCUCGUCCAACUUGGGAUGGCGAGACAAUAAUGAGUGCUAGAUCUGGGGUGUCUGUACAGCCUAAAUCAAUAAUCAUUGGUUCUUCUCGUUGCAGCAAAGUGUCUCUUUCUCCUUUCUUAGCGUAA